UUUGUAGUUGACAGUGCAGCAGCUGCUUGUGUUUGUUCACGUAUGUGUUUGUGUGUGUGCAUCCUGGAACACGCAAAUUGUCUCAAUUGUCAGUUUCGUGAGGCCAAACGUUAGUGCAAAACUACGUCUGGGAAAUUGCAUGGUGCCUUGGUUCUGUCUGAUUCCCGUUUGCAAAAUUUGCUAGUAUCGUUCCGAUCGGUUUGUGCACGCUAAGCGACACACUUCUGUCGAAUUGGCACCAUAGAUGGCUUAUCAGGGUGGUUAUCCCCAGCAGCAGUACGGAGGAGGAGGCUACGGCCAACACCCGGCAGCCGCGUACGGCGCAGGAGGCUAUGGAGGAUAUGCGCCACCACCCCAGCAGCCGGCGGUCAGUCCGGAAAUUCAAAACAUUUUCCGCAACAUCGACAAGGACAACACGGGGCGCAUCAACAAUCGGGAACUGCAGCAAGCACUGAUCAACGGACGCGGUGAUCAUUUCUCCGACACGGCCUGUAAUUUGAUGAUCAGCAUGUUUGAUCGAAACAAGACCGGAACGGUAGACAUCUUUGACUUCGAGAAGCUGUACAACUACAUUAACCAGUGGCUGCAGGUGUUUAAGAACUUUGACCGGGACGCGUCGGGCCACAUCGAGGAGAGCGAGCUAACGCAGGCCCUGACGCAGAUGGGGUUUCGCUUUUCGCCCCCCUUCAUUCAGUACCUGAUCGCGAAGAAUGAUCCGAUCAACCGGAAGGAGAUCUCGGUCGAUCAGUUCAUCGUAACGUGCAUCCAGAUACAGCGCUUUACCGAUGCGUUCCGCGUGCGGGACACUGAGCAGAAGGGCGUCAUCACAAUCGGGUUCGAAGAUUUUCUCGGCAUUGCUCUGUCGAUGUGUUCCUAAAAGUGCGUCCCGAUCGGUCUCUCAAAUCCUACCCAACAAAGCCACUAGCCUGUAUGGAAUCGAUCUUCAGCAGGACUCGUCGUUGUUAAGUGGACUCAGUAUACAUUGCACACAUACAACACUACAAACAAUACACAACAUACAUCUAACCAUGUUACACGUACCGGACAGGUAGGACAGAUCAGGCCGGAAUGCGAUGGCCCGACGGACAGACCAGCCUUGAAUGAUAAAUACGCUUUUGUGAAAAGGAAUCAAAAUAUUGCAUUCAAACGCAAAACAAUCCGGCGAUGUAGUGUCCUUGGAAUUCACACCCAACUUUGUCCUGCUUUUCCCACCUGGAAAUCCUGGGAAUGCAAUCAACGUAACGGAAAUGGUCGCAAAACAUAAUCGGUUUGUAACUAGCAAAAUAGGUGAAAGCAACAAAACGAAAAGAAAAAAAUACUUAAUUUCGUGCUAAUCGCAAAAGAAAGGAAGUAACACUAAAAGUAUCGAACGCAUGGCAUCUAUCCACUUCACAUUCGAUCGCACAUCGAGCCCGGACUAGUGGACGUCAUUCAAUUUUUUCUAAGGUUCCCUAUCCGUUAUUCUAUGCUCUGGCAGCGUUAUUUUGUCUGUUUCUGUUGAAUUGGUCUAUGUGAACGUGUAGGUUUCUCCUUGUGUGCUUGCCGGCAUUGUUUUACAAAAAAAAACCCGAUUUGUCCCGGUUGCGUGACUAGUUCCGGUUCCGGGUGGCUACGUGAGUUGUAUUCUAUUUUAACUAUCAAAAAUACAUGUAUUAUUAUCUA